GUUCUUCCUAAGUAUUGGAAGCAGAUGGUUUGCCAUUCUUUCUUGGGCAAAAGCCAUUGCUUGGUUUGAUCCUUCACUGAAAGCGCGUCUCCCUUAUGUAAGAAAAUCUCUUUGCAAUAUGCAGUAUUCAGCUUGCUCUGUUGAAGGAAGGCGCGACACUUUUCGCGGAGACCCGUCCGAAGAUCACCAUGGAGCGCUACCGCAACCCCACCGAGGUGCAGAUGAGUCAGAUGGUGCAGCCCUGCCACACCAACCACCGCGGGGAGCUCAGCACCGGGCAGCUGCUGAAGUGGAUCGACACUGCCGCCUGCCUUUCGGCUGAGAGGCAUGCAGGCUGCCCUUGCGUCACAGCUUCAGUGGAUGAUAUCUAUUUUGAGCACACAAUUAGUGUUGGGCAAGUUGUCAGCAUCAAAGCUAAAGUGAACCGAGCAUUUAAUACUAGCAUGGAGGUUGGGGUGCAGGUCAGCUGUGAAGAUAUCUGCAAAGAUGAGCAAUGGAUUGUGUGCAAGGCAUAUGCAACAUUUGUCACUCAAGGCAAAUCAACUAAGAUAAAGUUAAAGCCCCUGGAUCCUCAAACAGAAGAGGAGAAAACUGAAUACAGCAUUGCCGCUGAACGUCGCCGUAUGAGACUGGCACACACAGAUACAAUAAAAAACCUGCUUACUAGGAGCCAUGUGAAUGAUGAUCUCCAGCAUAGAGAAUGCAACGUGAUCGUACCUGCUGAAAAGACCCGAGUGGAAAGCGUGGAACUCAUUUUACCUCCACAUGCCAACCAUCAGGGAAACACGUUUGGUGGGCAGAUCAUGGAAUGGAUGGAAAAUGUGGCCACAAUAGCGGCAAGCCGAUUGUGCAAUGCCUAUCCCACCCUGAAGAGCAUUGAAAUGUUCCAUUUCAGGGGACCAUCCCAGAUUGGAGAUCGCCUUGUGUUUAAGGCCAUUGUGAACAAUACAUUUAAGAACAGCAUGGAGGUUGGGGUGUGUGUCAAGGCCUAUCAACAUGAAAUGGAAGUCAGCGAAAGACAUAUAAAUAGCGCUUUCAUGAUUUUUGUGGUCUUGAAUAAAGAUAAUCAGCCACAUACACUUCCAGUGCUGAAGCCAGAACCAGGGGAUGGAGAAAGACGAUUUAAAGAAGCUAGCGCCAGGCAAAAAAUUAGACUAGACAGAAAAUAUGUUGUUUCCUGCAAAUAUAAUGAAGUACCUUUAUCUGUGCCUUGGGACCAGAGUAACAAGGUUUAUCUGAGUUAUAACAACGUUACUGCACUGAAGACUUUGGUAGCUAAAGCCAACUGGGUACUUGCAUCUGAAAGAGACAAGUUUAGGAUGUACAUUCUGGAAGAGGACAAGUUUCUCUCUGUCCGAAUUGAGAUGACCAUCUUCUGUAAUGUACAGCAAGCUUUUUUGUUGCUGUCCGAUCUACGGAACAGACAUGAGUGGGAUAGACAUUGUUUGAGCUGUGAACUUGUCCAGCAAGUUGACAAAGAUGACAUGAUUUAUCAUGUAAUCAGUCAUACUGAGAGUGAGGAAAAGAAGCCUCUGGACUUUGUUGUCCUGGUAUCACAAAGAAAACCUUGCAGCCCUGGAGAUCCCUAUGUUUUAGCAUUCAGAUCAGUCACAUUGUCAUCACACCCUGCAAAGCCACAGUAUACCCGAGGGGAGACUUUAUGUUCCGGCUUCUGUUUUUGGGAGGAAACAGCUGAACUUACCAAGGUGUCAUACUAUCAUCAAGCCACAUCAGGUCUGCUCUCCUAUAUCACAACGAAUGUAGCUGGCCUGUCUUCAAGUUUCUAUCGCACAUUUCAAGACUGUGACCAAUUUCUUCAGAACAACAAAGACAAAGUCCCAGUUGGGCUUCUGAAUCUUUAGUUGCACAAUCCUUUCUCCGUCUUUUUAAAAACUGUCCCAUAAUGAACUUUGUUGUAAAUACUAUCAGAAAUUAUUCCAUUGGGUAUGUGAAGAACAGAGGAGAAUUGAAAAAAGACCUGUUCAGAUGCAUCAAUUUAUAUAACUAGUCUUAGGAGGAGAAAAUCCAUUUAUGGUGGCUUCUGAGCUGAAUUAGAAUUUUCUAUCCAGGUCAAGUAAUCUUUAGUAAUCAAGGUACAAAUAAGCAAAAUAGGAAGAUUCUUCCAGGAUUUUGCAAGUCUUUAUUUGCCUCCGCAUUGGCUUCUGUUGAAGUCCUAUAUUUAUGAUGGUCAGAAAAAUCUGAAG